AGAUAAGUUUGAAGCUGUAGCUGACGCCAACAGAGCUCAUCACAUGCUGUUGUAUGGAUGUGAAGGUGAAGCCUAUUCUCAGUAGCCAGUUUGGAACUGUCCUGCAAUGUGCAAGAAUAGUCAUCCUGUGAUUUUAUUUGCUCAGGCUAAAAAUGCUCCUCCAACUAUCUUGCCUAAAGAUGCUGAAGAUGAAGACCACUCAGGUUUGAAGAUUUAUGUCACACACAAAAAGCAGCCAUAUGUUGCAGGAGUUUUUUUCUUGGCAUCUGCAUCGUUUACGAUACCUCAAGGACAUUCCUCCUUCCCUGUGGAUGUCGGCUGUAGAUUUUCAAAAGAAAAAAGUAUUUUUCCAUUUGCCUACAAGCCACAUGCCCAUGGUUUAGGCCGAGACAUCACAGGCUACCAAUAUAAUGGAUCCUACCAUGAGAUUGACAAAGGACACCCUCAGUGGCCACAGACUUUCUAUCCAGUCACAAACAAAAUUGAGGUCAAAAAUGGUGACUAUUUGCUUGGAAGAUGUACUUAUGAUUCAACAUCCAUGGAUUGUCCUGUGAAUGUGGGGUCGACUGGCAAUGAUGAGAUGUGUAAUUUCUACAUCGUGUUUUACACAGACAGCUCUGUGCAGGAGCCUUAUGGAGAAUGUUUAGGCUAACAAGUGCAACUUUAAAAAUCACUCUGAUUAAUAAUGAUCUACAGAAAGUGACUAUUAGCUUGUAAGUAAAUUAGAUUUCAUGAAAAACAAAUAAAUUCCAAAGUGUAUGAAACUUUUAUGAAACUUGAAGUAUGUCAGGUAAUUGUUUUGGUAAUAGCUCUUAAAUGUUCGUUAGUAUGCAUUGGACUGUAUCCGUUGGGCUAAGGACUGGAUCUAAAGGUUCUAGAACAAUUCCAGAAGAUUCAAAUUAUUACCUGUAACAGAAAUUUGGAUUUAAAACUUUUAAGCUGGUUUCUUGAACUACCCACCUUGAUGUUAUCAAAAUCACUAUAUCUUACAAUGAGAAACAAGCCACACAAUACAUAUAUACAUUGUCAAACUGUAGAUUAAACCAAUCAUUUUACAUUUUUCUUAUUUUCUUUGCAAUUAAUUGUUAUUAUAUAUUGUGUCAGCAAAUAUUGCUUUAAAUAAAUGAGUCCAUUGAUACUAAUUAGGCAUUAAAAAAAUAUAUUUAAAUUUGUAUUUUGAAUUAUGUAAAAAUAAUCAAAUCUUGAUUGUUUUAUUACAAACCUACUUUUUGUAAAACAGGUACUGCAAGAGCAGAGUUCUGAAAUUUUCCAAAGAUGGAACUUUUUUGAUGUCCUUUGGGAAAAGAAACGUUCAGUUUGGUGCAGUUCCUCCUGUUGUGACAUUUGACAUCCCUCAUAGCAUCACUGUGUCAGAGGAGCAUCAUUUGGUUUGUGUGGCUGACAGAGAGAAUAAUCGCAUACAAUGUUUUGAUCUGGAUGGAAAUUUCAAGCAGGUCAUCAAAUGCCCAGAAUUUGGUCCACGACUUCGCUUUAGAAUAUUGUCCUGCACAUGGAGGUUUACUGUAUGCUGUAAAUGGUCCUGCUUUUGAGAUUUGUUGGAAAUGUGGAAUGUACCAGAUGUAAGGUUCUAUUUCAUGUGACAACAAAACUCAGCUUGGUUUAACUACAAAUAGCUAAUCUCUCUCUCAUUGUAUCAUAAUUUAUCAAAGUUAUGUUUUAUUUAUUUAUUCUUAUUCAACUUUUACAAAGUAAAAAUGUUAUGAAUGAAAAAAAUUGUAUGUUUUGUAAAUUUAGUUAGUUAUAUUGAAUAGAAUUAUUUAUGCUAGCGACUUUUGAAUGCAUCACAUAAUUUUAAUUUGACACAGAAACUGAAAAUCAUUUCAAUUAAAGAUUGUUGACUGUUGUUUCACCUCAGAUGAAUUGAUUACAUUUUAAGAGGUUAUCAGAUAUUUAUAUUUAUGACAUACAAUCUUUUUGUUAUGUUAUGAGUUGUUUUUGUUUUUAUUUUCUACAUGUUUAGGGUAUAAAGUUCUAGUGCAUACAUACGUAGAUUUCAACCCACAUUUUUUUAGUUCUUACUUAUGUAUUUAUGUAUUUACAUACAUGUACUAAGAACUAAUGUCUUUUUUUAUUAAAAUCAUUUGUAUCAUGAAAUAUUCCACUUGAUCUUUGGCAACUGCAUUUAAUUUAUGUAAUUCUUUGAUUUCUUUCUGGAAAUGAUCUGCUGUUUGAAUAUUUUAGUUUCAGCUCAAGGGCUGUGAUAAAAGUUUAAAAAAAAAAUUUUUUUUUGAUUAUACACUGUUCGUGUGAAAUUACAACUUAAUCAUUUUUUGUGUGAUCUUUAUAUAUUUGAACCAAUUUUUGUUUUAAAUUAGUCUUUUGUUCUUGAUUUCUAUGCUGCACUGUGUCAAUAACUUAACUUUUUUAAAGCAGUUCUAUUAAUCUCUUUCAAAUACUAUUUGCUUAUACUAAUCAUAAUGUAAGAUUAAAUGGGUUUGAUAUUUGUUUCAACUGGUGAUGGUCCCCCUAAAGUAUUGUAUUAGUACUUCAAAACUUACUUAUGUACAGUUUCAUUAAGCCCUAGCCUUUAUUUUUUACUUAUAUUUUUUAGGCUGUUGAAGGUUUAUCAAUUUUUUUUUUUAUCUGGUGGAGACAUUUAACCAUUUUGUUUUUGCCACAAAAAAAAAAUUGAACUUGUCUGUUGUGAAAAAUGAAAUCAAAAGUGAAUGAAAGUUCAAAAUAUUUGUACUACUUUAUUGAUGUCAUGUUAAUGUUGUUUUGUGAUAUCUAUAUCAACAUUGUCUCUUGUUGGUGGGGUAUGCUAGACAUUGGUUCUAUGCUGUUGGUAAAAAUUUCUCAUCCUUCAUUGACUUCCAUUGUACUCCACCUUGCACUUAGAGUGUUUUAUGGAGUGCUAUAAAUCAAGAAAUUUAAAAAGUAUCCCAGUCAUAAUAGAAGUUUAUAGAUUUUUUAAACUAACCACAUUCAGAGCAUUUCAUUUUUACUUUGCUCUUUUUUUUAUUGUGUAUGUUCUUAAUUGUAAUCAACAUCUGACAGUGCUACAUAAUGUUUUAUUUAAUGACUGAGCAUAAUGCUUAAUUUGAUUUUAAUGUGGCUAAGAUUCAAGAAACAUGUUUACAAGUUCAUUGCUAAAAACACCUGGUGCAGAGUCAAUGUAAAUUUAAUCUCUGAAAUAAAAUGGGACUAACAAUGACUUUCAAAAUAGUGAUGUCAUUUGUUUCUCAAAUGUUAGUAGCAUAGAAAACAUGGACAUGUUUGAUGUAUUGUAAGGGAUCAUAUGUAACAGUUAUGGGUAUAGAGAAUAAAAUACAAAAUAUUAAACUCA